ACUUUCAGUUUCGUUUUACUUACAGUUUAAUAUACAGGAGAGCAUUCGAGUUGACAUGUUAAGGUCUUCCAAACAGUAAGAUGAACGCAUGGAGAAAGAGACCUGGUGUUUUUAGCUUUGGCGCCCUACACUUCCUUUGCAAGUGAAAAAAGAGCUAGCUGUGAAAUUAUGAAAAUGUCCCUCAUACAUGUAUCAGUCAUCAUUUUCGCUUGUUUAACUUUAAUGGUAUCGGCAUCGAUAUCGAUGAUGUGUCCCGAAUCAAUACCCACCGUUUCCAUUGUGCCACGCUGUCCUUCCGAUGCCAUGGAGUGGAAAUUGGCAGCGGAGAGGAAGAAAUGUGAUGUCCUCGGAAAGAUUCAGAAUUGUACAGAGGAGGACAAAUUCAUGUAUCAUUGUGUUCUAAACAGAGACGCUACAAUGUUGUUGGAAGUCUGUGCUCCGAUGCAUUACAUGUCAGGGUACUGUGCUCGGUUUAGUGAACUACAUAAACGAAUUAUCAACGACCCAGCUCUGGACUGUGCCAAGUUUGAUCCCCCCUGUCCAACAAGGUUUCAGUCCAACGAAUCUUACAAGUAUCAGGCGUGCUAUUCGAUUAUACCUAAACUUAUCAACUCCAGUCCAGCAUAUCACCAUCAGGAAAACCAAACAGAAAAAGACACUUCCACCGAUGCUAUAAUUGUCAAUACCUUCUUGGCGAUUUUUGUGAUCAUCACAGUAGCUUUGAUAAUUCUGCUCCUUGUCGGAUAUAAGCUUCAUUGGAUUGAAUUUAAUCGUGAUGGCAAGCCUGAGGAAAGAACUGCGGAAGAAGAAGGUUUUCUAGUUGGAAAUAGUGAGCAUAUUAAAGAUCAGACAGAUGAAAAUGAUGAAGAAAUGAAAAUAUCAAAUUUGGAUGUUGAACUUUCAAAAGCGACUGAAGAAAACGAAGUUGUAAAGAAAGAACACAUGGACAAAGAAAGGGAUAUGGAUGAAAUUAAUACAGAGGAAGGUGAAAAAGAUGAGAAAAAGGAGAUUGAAGACGCUGAAAGAAAUAAAGAAGCAUUUAUUGUAAACGAUGUCCAUAACAAAGAAUUUGAAAGAGAAAGUAGACGGCCAACUACUCCGGAAUUUAGCAAUUUUCGUGAAGAAAAUAAACAAUUUGAGAACGAGAAAGACAAGUUUGAAUAUUUUUGGCAAAAAGAGUCAGUGUUCAGUCAGUGGUACCCAAGUAAAUUCGUGGUCGAUGGUGUAGAGUAUAGCUGUGCAGAGCAGUACAUGAUGCAGCAGAAAGCAAUUUUGAUGGAUGAUAUGGAGACUGCUGAUAUCAUCAUGGCGUUGGACGCACCCAUCGAAAUGAAGCAGUACGGGAGAUAUGUCAAGAAUUUUAGCCAGACACUGUGGGAUCAACAUUGUACGAGAAUUGUUGAAAAAGGAAACAUAGCAAAGUUUUCACAAAAUGAUGACCUUAAAAUGACAUUGUUUUCAACAUAUCCAAAAACAUUGGUGGAAGCUAGCCCAUAUGACAAAGUUUGGGGCAUAGGAUUACGCCAGAACGACCGAAGAGCAUGGAAUAAAUCAACUUGGUUGGGAAAAAAUCUGCUGGGAGAGAUCCUAACCAGAGUGAGGGACAAAUUGCGUGAGGAAAUGUAGAUGUUGCUUCCAAAUCGUCGAGUUUUCAUUGUAUGUGUUGUAUACAUCUUUGUAAAAUAAGAAAUAUUGAAAAAAUGCGUAGAAACAGUCGUGCCACUCUCGCGAUACUCACAUUUGUGUUUGUGUUUCCUUGAGCAGGUUUCUAAGCAACUGCUACAGCAGUAUUUGAGUUUUUCAAUUUGUCAGGACAGAGUUGUGUCGAACGUACUCUUUUUGAUAAGAAAGCACCCCGGGAACAUCGUUACAAGUGAUAAGCUAACGACAAAUAUGAGUGCACUACUUUAAGUGCCGAUUCAUGAAACUUAUUUGUGCAAGAACUGAGUUUUAACAUCAGGUAAUAUCUGAAAUCUGUAGUGAUUGGUAAGAUGAAAAUGCUUAAAAUGUGCAGAACUGUUUGCGUAAUGCGAAUGAUUUAUGUUGUGUAUCUGUAAAACUAUGAAAUAUUUUAAUUACAAUAAUCAUACUCUCAUUAAUAAAAAUAUUGUUGGUUUGUUAACACAAUGUAAUCAGAACAAGUUUUAGUCGACUAUAUAUAGAAUAUACACUUUUAGAUUAUAGAACAGAAUUAUGAUAUCGCAAUCCUGUUUGGACUAUUAAAACAUUUGUCUUAAUCAAUUAUCAGUGAAAGUACAUGUAAACAUAAUAUAUUGUGUAAUUAGGCCUACAUUAUUCUUUGCAACCACACUUUCACUUCAUUAAACAAUAGAAUGUUUUUUCAUUACUGUGUAUAAUGAUGGCGUGAAGAAAGCAAGCAAUGAAAAGAGUAUUAAGACCUAUAUAAAAAC